AAUUGGUGUCUCAUUUUAUCUGCGCAGCUUUACACACCAAGCAUGUGCUCAAUGAUUUCCCCUUUUUAAUCUUCCUUGUCCGGGUCUCCGAUGAGUCCACUUCGCUUAUCUUCCUCAGCUGCAACCUUUUCUUAUGCCCACCGGAAAAACUCUUCCUUUCCACUUUCUGAGUCUGAGUCCUUAAUUCAAAGAAUCUGUUAGCUAGCUUGCCUGAAGUAGUCAUGGGUUCGGAUUUACUAUCCCAGACAAAGCCAUCGACGGGACCAACCCAAGGAAAAGACCCUGCGAACCAAUCCACUACAGCUCUUCUCUCUUCCAACACAAACUCCUCUUUAGAUGACCCAUCAACGAAAGACUACCCCAGUCGUCGACCCACCACGACGGUCCUUUUCGUCGUCGCUUUCUUGCUCCUGACUUGCAUUGCUCUCUCUGCUACCUUCGCCUUUGCCUUUCUUUUCUUCUCCACAUCUUCCUCUUCCUCUGAUUCUUCUUCUUCUUCAUCCGUUACCCACUCCUCGGCUCGCCCUCUCAAGAAAUUGGAACAUCCCGUCGUUCUCUUGAUCUCCUCUGAUGGGUUUCGAUUCGGCUACCAAUUUAAGACCCCGACGCCUAAUAUCCACCGGUUGAUUGCUAACGGGACUGAGGCCGAGACUGGUUUGAUUCCGGUUUUCCCUACUCUUACUUUCCCUAAUCACUACUCCAUUGUUACUGGGCUUUAUCCGGCUUAUCAUGGUAUUAUCAAUAACUAUUUUGUGGAUCCUUACACUGGUGAAACUUUCACCAUGGCCAGCCACGAGCCUAAGUGGUGGUUGGGUGAGCCACUAUGGGAGACCGUGGCAAAUCAUGGGUUGAAGGCUUCUACAUAUUUUUGGCCUGGCAGUGAGGUAAAGAAAGGUGCUUGGACUUGCCCUGAAAACUUUUGUAUGUUUUAUAAUGGUUCUGUUCCUUUUGAGGAGAGAGUUGAUACCGUUUUAAGCUACUUUGAUCUGCCUGGUAGUGAAGUUCCUGUGUUUAUGACUCUGUAUUUUGAGGAUCCUGAUCAUCAGGGCCACCAGGUUGGUCCAGAUGAUCCUGAAUUAACUGAGGCAGUAGCUAGAAUUGAUAGGGUUUUAGGGAGGUUGAUUGAUGGUCUAGAGAAGAGAGGGGUUUUUGAGGAUGUUAGUAUAAUUAUGGUUGGUGGUCAUGGCAUGGUUGGUACAUGUGAUAAAAAGUUGAUUUUUCUAGAUGAUUUGGCUUCUUGGAUUGAAAUUCCAGCUGAUUGGGUUCAGUACUAUAGUCCAUUGCUAGCCAUCCGACCACCUUCUGGUUAUGCUCCAUCCGAUGUUGUUGCGAAGAUGAGAGAAGGAUUGGAGUCUGGGAAAGUUGAGAAUGGGAAGAAUUUGAAGGUUUUUCUCAAGGAGGAGCUGCCUAGUCGGCUGCACUAUGCAGCAAGUGACAGGAUCCCACCAAUAAUAGGCCUGAUUGAAGAGGGGUUUACGGUGGAGCAGAAGAGGUCGAAUCAAAAAGAGUGUGGAGGAGCACAUGGAUAUGACAAUGCAAUUUUCUCUAUGAGGACCAUUUUUAUUGGGCAUGGUCCUCAGUUUGCCAGGGGACAGAAGGUACCAUCCUUUGAGAAUGUUCAAAUAUACAACUUGGUGACUUCGAUCCUCAAGAUACAAGGUGCUCCAAAUAAUGGGUCAGCAUCAUUUCCUACAUCUAUUCUUUUGCCUAGCAAGUGAUAGUUACCUCCUAAGAGUGUUCCGAGAUGGUCUUAGCUGCUGAGCAAUGGGCACUGUAAGAUUGCACAGGGUGGGAGGUAUUGAAGCCAUAUGAUUUUCUUGUUUGCCAGCACAUGGUUCUGAAUGUAAUGAAGGCAGUGCAGAAGGUAAUGAUAUCCGAGAUAUUAGAAUCCCUUGAGAUCAUUGAGUCAUGCAUGGUUUUAAUAUGUAUUCCUUAUGGGUGGUGCAUAUAUGAUCAGCUUUAUGUUUUAUAUAUUGAUCUGAUGUUGUACAAUCCUUCUAUUGUCUUUUAGUGGGUAGAACAAAAUUACCAUAUGGAG